AUGCGCACAUGCCUUCCGCGCUGGUGUGCGUGUGAAGGCACUCGCAGUGCCGCACACGGACCCCUGUACGCAUCCGGCAACUGGGCGGCCCUCCGCACAAAUGUGGGGGCCUCGUCAAGGGAAGCCACGGUGGAGGAGCUGUUGACACCGUCUCUUGUGCCCACACGUCAUUAUCAGCGCAGUCUUCCCAAGCUGCCGCUGCCGACCCUUCAUGACACUUUGCAGCGGUACCUCUCGGCUGCAGAGCCUCUGUGCACACCAAAGCAGUUGGCCAACACGAGCGCGAUUGUAGCCUCCUUCCUGAAGGGUGACGGGCUGCACAUUCACGAUGAGCUACGGCGCACCGACACAGCGAACCCUCACACUUCGUACAUCUCUUCCGACCUCUUCGAACAGAUGUUGAAAGAGCGCAGCGCGCUGCCGCUGCGGUCCCACAGCACGUGGCUUGUCCGGCCAGAUCCGGAGAAGCACGACAUGCUGGUACGGAGCGCCUACUGGAUCUGGGCCUCGGUUCACUUCUACAAGCUGUACCUCGACAAUCAACUCCGUCCCGAAGUGCGUUACGUCGUGGAUGGCGGCUUCGCAAAAAGGAGCGGCUUCUGGACCACGGAGUGGUUCCAGCGCUCGGCGGCGCUGCUCCCCGACUGUGUUAGCACCCCAUUUGUCUACAAUGUGUCGCUGGGUGUCGUACGGCCGCUGGAUAUGUCGCAGUUCGACUGUCUUUUCAAUUCUUCGCGGGUGCCCGGUGUCCUUCAGGACGAAAUAAAACCGGUCGGCUUUGCGCCCUACGUAUUGGUGCAGUACCGUGGCCAUCAAUUUCAGAUCUCCGUGGCGGAUGCCGACUGCGUGCCGUUGUCCAUUGAUGAGCUGUACGCUCAGCUGCGUGACAUUGUGCACACGAAUAUCGCACCAGCAAACACCGACGUGAGCGUCCUCACCGCAUUGCCGCGCACAGAGUGGAAUGCGGCCCGGACGAUGCUGUUGCGAAAUGUCGUCAAUGGUAAGAGUCUGGAGGUGGUGGAAGAAAGUAUGUUGGUCCUUAACCUCGACGCGGACGACGAGAGGGACGUCAUGGUGGACCCAAUGUCUCCUGUGGGGGUGACGGCAAAGUCGCCGUCGGUACGAGCAGGGAACCGUUGGUGGGACAAGAGCCUGUCUGUGUCUGUUAACCGCCGCGGCGACAUUGCCGUCUCGGCAGAGUCGAGCUGGGGCGACGGCGUUGCAGUACGGCGGUACAUCAACGACGUAUACGCCCUUAGUCGUGCAGCGCACAGUCAUGUGCUAAGGAAGGAUGCGCCAGCUACACACAAACUGCGCCAACUCCAGUGGCACGUCCCAGCCGAACUCGUGGCCCUGGCGAAAAGAGUUGCGGAGCGGGUGAAGAAGGAUCGCGAAAGCCUUGACAUUGCGGCCGGUGUGCUUGACAUUGACACGAUACCCACUCCCACUGUCGAGGCCACAGUACAACUGGCAGCGCAGCUCGCUAUGUUCCGUGUGCAGCAGCAGCCGAUGAAUUGCAUGCAGCGGACAGACUUGCAUUACUAUCGCCGCGGCCGAAGCGAGCAAUUCCCGCUUGCCACGCCGGAGAGCACCGCUUUCUUGCUGAGCAUGCGUUCCUCAGAACGACAGACACAGCAAGCAGCGUGCCACACAGCCUUGCAGCGCUACAAGGCGGAGAAGAACGCUGUCAGUCGCGGAGGCACCACACAAAGUCACCUGUUAGCGCUGCGCCUGACGGCGGAGCGAUUUCUUGGCCGCGUUCCUGACUUGUAUAGCGACCCUGCCUUUUCACUUGUCACUCGACCUGCACUGCACUUUGAGCUGGCCGAGGCGGAGGCGACGUACGGCUGUGGAUACACGCUCCAGCCAUUUAGCCGCCACCUUACCUGUAGUCGCACUGGAUCCACCCUACUGUACCAAGUGACGUCUCCGCUUCCAUCCUCAUUAUACGGUGCCACCUCAAGCACUACCUUUGCAGAAGCCUUCACGGACGCAUGCCGCGAGGUAGCGGAUCUGUUGGCGCUCAGCUGA